CCACAAGUUAACAGAUAUUAUAGAUCACAACUAUGCAGAGUCCAUUGACAUUCAAGGAUGUGGCCAUCAAUUUCUCCAAGGAGGAAUGUGAAUGCCUGGAUACAUCUCAGAGGGAUUUGUACAGAGAGGUCACGUUGGAGAACUACAGCAACCUGGUUUCUGUAGAGCUAGUCACCUGCCUGGAACAGAAUAAAGAACCCUGGAUUGUGAACACAGAAGAAGUAGAAGGCAGAGAUUCAGCUCUGUUUCGUUAUCCCAUUCAUGAGUUGUUCCCAAAAGAGUGAACACAGGAU